AUGAACAUCUCACAACAUCAUGGGCUCCACCAUGCCCACAGGAACCACAGCCUGGGUGCAAUGCCUGGAAGCAAGGCUGAGAGGGCAUCCACCUCGGGUUGCUACGAACAACUACUGGUCCCCACCGAAGUCUUCCUCAUCCUAGGACUGGUCAGCCUGUUGGAGAACGUUCUAGUGAUAGCAGCCAUCAUCAAGAACAAGAACUUCCAUUCACCCAUGUACUUCUUCAUCUGCAGCCUGGCGGCAGCCGACCUGCUGGUCAGUGUCUCCAAUGCCACAGAGACAGUGGUCAUGGCCCUUAUCACUGGUGGCAACCUGAGCAUCUCCGGGGGUGUCGCCAAGACCAUGGACAAUGUGUUCGACUCAAUGAUUUGCAGCUCCCUCUUGGCAUCCAUCUGGAGCUUGCUUGCCAUAGCAAUUGACCGCUACAUCACUAUCUUUUAUGGACUUCGCUACCACAACAUUAUGACCCAGAAGCGGGCAGCCACAGUCAUUGCUUCCAUCUGGACCUUCUGCACGGCAUCCGGUGUGCUCUUCAUUGUCUACUCAGAAGAUCCCACAGUCCUAAUUUGCCUCAUCAGCAUGUUCUUUGCCAUGCUGGCACUCAUGGCUUCACUCUACGUCCACAUGUUCCUCCUGGCCAGGCUCCACAUGAAGCGAAUUGCCGCCCUGCCUGGCAACGGGCCCGUCCCACAGGCAGCCAACAUGAAGGGGGCUGUGACCCUCACUAUCCUUCUAGGCGUUUUCGUGGUGUGCUGGGCGCCCUUCUUCCUGCACCUCAUCCUCAUGAUCUCCUGUCCCAGAAACCCUUACUGCAUCUGCUUCAUGUCUCACUUCAACAUGUAUCUCAUUCUCAUAAUGUGCAACUCGGUCAUCGACCCACUCAUUUAUGCCUUCCGCAGCCAAGAGAUGAGGAAGACCUUCAGGGAGAUCUGCUGUGGCUGGGCCUUGGGCCUGAGUUGUGGAUGGACCUGUGGCAGCUAUGGACUCUCCUCUGAUUGUGUGUGA